AUGGAUCAGCAACAACAACAACAACAAAAUAAUAUUGUUAAUACUAGUACAAAUAAUAAUAAUAAUAAUAAUAAUGAGAGAGUAGUAGAUGAUUUUAGAAAUACAAUGCUUAAAGGUAGAUUUUUGAAAAUCUACGAUCGGAUUCUAGGUUCCAAUAAUAUCUGUAUCAUAUGUGGUGAAUCUUACAAUAGUAUGAAUUUUCAUCAACACUACACUAUUUGUUCGGGUCUUAUUCCAAAGUUGAUGCAACUCGCAAUUGAAUAUGAAAAGAAGAAGGGUUAUAUUGAUGUAUCUUAUCUAAAUGAUUUUGCUGGUUUGUCAAUUAACAACAACAAUAGUAUAAUAAAUAAUAACAAUAUAAGUAAUAAUUUUAAUAAUGUAUCAUCAACAUUAUCAUCAACUUCAACAACGUCAACUACAUCUCCUCCAACACAAAUACCAAAUAAUUCUUUAUCUGCAUCUUUUACACCUGCAACUCCUACUUUAACUGGUUCUUCUUCUACCUCAACAUCUACCGUUAAUAAUAGUAAUAGUAAUAGUUCUGCAUUGUCAGCAUCGAUGACACCACCAUUAUCUUCAUCACCUUCAUCCUCUAUUAAUAUGGCUGGUUCCAAUCCAAUGCACAGAAUGUCACCACAGCAACAACAACAACAACAACAGCUAUUACAAUUAAAAUCACAACAACAGUUUCUAUUACAACAACAACAGUUAUUACAACAGCAACAGCUGCAGCAACAACAACUUCAAUCACCAUCUAUUACAACACCAUCUUCACCUUCACAACAAUAA